UUCACAAUCAGGAACAUGCAUUUCCAAACCAUUUGCACAUUCAGUUCCCCCCAUUUGGAACUUUGUGCUGCUUUGUGCGGGCAGUUCACCAUUCUCAUUCCUGAGCUCUGGAUAGUCGAAAUCCUGCUUCCAAUGUUGUGCACCAGGACAGGUAGCCAGGAUCAGUUUGACAACUUAGAAAAACACACACAAUGGGGAAUUGAUGUUCUGGAAAAAUACAUCAAGUUUGUAAAAGAAAGAACGGAGAUUGAAAUCAGCUAUGCAAAGCAACUUAGGAAUCUUUCUAAGAAAUAUCAACCCAAAAAGAACUCCAAAGAAGAGGAAGAAUACAAGUACACAUCAUGUAAAGCCUUCUUAGCCACUUUAAAUGAAAUGAAUGACUAUGCUGGACAGCAUGAGGUCAUUUCCGAAAACAUGACCUGUCAGAUCACUGCAGAGUUAGCACGCUAUGUGCAGGAGCUGAAACAAGAAAGGAAAUCGCACUUCCAUGAAGGCCGAAAGGCACAGCAGCAUAUUGAAACUUGCUGGAAACAACUUGAAGCAAGUAAAAGGCGGUUCGAACGAGACUGCAAGGAAGCCGAUAGAGCGCAGCAAUAUUUUGAGAAGAUGGAUGCUGACAUCAAUGUUACGAAAGCAGAUGUUGAAAAGGCGAGAUCCCAAGCCCAGCUACGACAUCAAAUGGCUGAAGAGAGCAAAGGAGAAUACUCAUCCAUUCUUCAGAAGUUUAACCAUGAGCAACAUGAACAUUAUUACACACACAUACCAAACAUCUUCCAGAAAAUACAAGACAUGGAGGAAAGGAGGAUAGUGAGAAUAGGUGAAUCCAUGAAGACCUUUGCCGAAAUCGACCGCCAGGUGAUCCCCAUCAUUGGGAAGUGUCUGGAUGGAAUAACAAAGGCGGCUGAAUCAAUCGAUCAGCAAAAUGAUUCACAGUUGGUAAUAGAAGCCUUUAAAUCAGGGUUCGAACCUCCGGGAGAUAUCGACUUCGAGGAUUUCACUCAGCCAAUGAAGCGCACUGUCUCUGAAUCCAGCCUUUCCAAUUCCAGAGGGGAUGGAAAAUCUGAGCCCAAGUUUGGUGGCAAAUCGAAGGGCAAGUUAUGGCCAUUCAUCAAGAAAAAUAAGCUUUCUCUCAAGCUGGGUGCAGGACCAGAGGACUUCAGCAACCUCCCACCUGAACAAAGAAGAAAGAAACUCCAGCAAAAGGUUGAUGAACUAAACAGAGACAUUCAGAAAGAGAUGGAUCAAAGAGAUGCCUUGACAAAAAUGAAAGAUGUCUAUAUCAAGAACCCACAGAUGGGAGACCCAGGCAGUGUGGAUCACAGAUUAGCUGAACUGGGACAAAACAUGGAAAAGUUACGAUUAGAGGUCCAGAAAUUUGAGGGCUGGCUGGCUGAGGUGGAGGGCAGGCUCCCCAUGAGGACCGAGCAGACCCGACGACAGAGCGGACUGUAUGAAACCCAGAAUACCUCGGCCGUUAACAACUGUGCCCAGGACCGGGAGAGCCCUGAUGGCAGUUACACAGAGGAGCAGAGUCAGGAGAGUGAGAUGAAGGUGCCGGCUACAGAUUUUGAUGAUGAGUUUGAUGAUGAAGAACCACUUCCUACCAUAGGAACGUGCAAAGCACUCUAUACAUUUGAAGGUCAGAAUGAAGGAACAAUUUCAGUAGCAGAAGGAGAAAUGCUCUAUGUAAUAGAGGAAGACAAAGGUGAUGGGUGGACCCGAAUCCGGAGGAAUGAAGAUGAGGAGGGUUAUGUCCCCACGUCAUAUGUCGAAGUCUAUUUGGACAAAAAUGCCAAAGGUGCUAUGACUUACAUUUAAUACUGUUUUAAUUAGUUUGCUUGCUUUCACAGGGACAUUCCUCCCUGAAAUGACUCGGUGUUGCAGACGGGGCCUUUUUAAGGACUGGACAAUGCCACAAAGUGCAUUAUUUCAUACAUUUGCAUAAUGAACUUGUAUGACGUUAUGUACUGUAAAAACUUGAUUUUGCUUGGUCAGAUAAGAAGAUGCUGAGUGGUUAAACUGUUAAAAUUUGGGGGAAGACCUGACUGUUAGCCUGAGAUGACUAACUGCCAACACACAGCCCAAUUUAACAUGGGUCAGAUAAGGCCAUUCUUAACACCUGUGUGUCUUCACUAGAUAGUCAAUGGCUAUUCCCUAGCUACAUUUCAGCCGUAGUUGGAAAUGAAGUAUUUCUUUCAGAUUUGACUGUGUGAAAUGGUAUACACAAACUAAUUAGUGCUUUUUAUCUCUGAAUGUGGCAGCUUUUUGGAACCUAACCUAUGCUGUAGGCCCUUUUAAAUGGAGACAGGGGCCACCCUUUAGUUUCUACAGUAGGAGAAAGUAAAUCUAACCAACAUGGAGCCAUGAAGUUACCCUCUCACCCUUGGUAAAUCAGUGAAGUGGUGGCAUUUGAAGAGAGUCAGGAAGUCAUCUUUUGGACUUUUAUGUUAUUUUAGCUGUGAGACACAGGUAGCUACUUCUGCUCAUGUACAUGUAAGCAGUGAGGUACUUCUGAGCCCAGAUUCAUGCCUCUUGUUCCUCAGUUUUCUUUGUCACUAUUUACAGCUGAUGACAGCCGUGUUGCCUAAGUAGGAAAAGUGCAUACAAAAUCAUGGUUAGUGUACAGGUGUGAUGCUCUGUCCAAGUAGCCAGGAGCUGCCAGGAUAACUGAGACAUCAAAGAGGUAACAGCCCUGUAUGAGUGCCACUGCUUUAGAUCAGGAAGUUUCUGAAGUUCCCUGUUAGUGGCUUUUUCAAUCUUUAAUUCUGCAAGAUACCUUUGAAAAGCUUAAGUGUAUCCCCUUUGUGAAACAAGCCUUUCUGUCCAUUGUAAAGCAGUAAUGUUCAGGCUGGACUGUAGGCAACAGGUAGAAGGUCUUUCUGCAGACAAAGACCACACAACUCAAUACACUCACGUUGCCUUGAUCCAGUAUUAACUGAUACCAGGCCUUGUCCUCCUGAGAUGAAAUAUGGAUUGUGGGUUUAUCUUGACCUAAUCCAGAGGGGUUCUGCUAGUGUUGGCAAUGGUAGGGUGAAUUGAAACCCUUCCUUCAAGAGUCAGUGUAGGACGUGCAGCAUCCUGUACCUGUUCAUUCCCUGGUAAAGUAGUAGGAAAGUUGACUCUCAGUGCAGCCCCCACAUUGCACACGGAUGCAGAGAGCUGAGAAUCCUUUCUCAUUCUAGUGCUCUCUGGUGUGGAGAUUUACUACAAGUCUGGCCUCCCCCGUUGAUGAUGGCAUUUGCAAGCUCAGGCUUCGCUAUUGUUUUGCAAAAUGCAUUAUCCUUUCUUUGACCCCCAUGGGGACUGCACUGAAGGGCCAGUAGAAAUCAAUAGGCUAGAACACGGGGGGCCAAUCUGUGGCACAGGUGCCACAAAUGGCCUGGGCAGCUUUUAUGCGUGGCAUGCAGCAGACUGGGGAGGGAUUUGGCAGCACAGUGGCAACAAGGCAGGAAGCAGAAGGAAGAGCAGCAGAUUGGGCAGGAAGCAGAAAGCAGAGCAGCAAACCAGGCAGGGGAAAGCGACCAGUUUGGCACUCAGAGAGGGUGUGGGGCUAACUUUUGGUACAUCUGCCAAAAUGUUGGCUCCCACUGGGCUAAAACACUUUUAAAAACCUGCCUCCAAACAGCAAGCAUGACUCCUCUGCCCUUGGAUGUACGUCAGGUAUCACGUCCUUGGAGCGUUUUGUCAGGGUAAUUGCUUAUGAGCCCAGCAGCCAAGUGGAUGGAAUAUGCAGCAGUGCAUGCCAGUCUGACAGGGCAGGGAGAAAUCCUAAUAGUAGCAAAAGCAAGAAAAUCCAGAAUAAAGGCUGCCCCUUUUCUGUAGCUCAUUGCAGACUGUGAGGAUAUUGCAGGAACCUUUCAAUCUGAACACAAGAUUUGGCAUCAAGCAAAGCACUUAAUACACUGAGGUUAUUAUGGAAAUUAUGAUAAUAACAAGAUUGCUGCAUCAUCUUACAAAUCAUGUGUGCUGCAUUAUGAGUGGGCUGUUGACACAGCUGCAGUCAUUUCCGUCCCAGCAUUUGUUCAUUUGUUUGCCCCUAAUGUUUUAAUCUUCCUUCUUUUUUUUAAUCCCUUUUGAGGGUUGUGUUUAAAGAGCCAUAUACAUGCCAUUUCAGGAAAUAUGGUAACAAGCCAGUGAAAAGUCAAGUAAAAUAUACCAGAGCGACAAUAUUCAGAAAAAUACUAAUGAACUCGUUUCCUUCAGUUUCUUAAAAUCUAAAGUGGAACCCCUCAUAAAAUUGCUUUUAAGACAUCAGUGUGAGGGGUUUGAAGGAUCUGCCUUUGGGUUCAUAAGAUAAGCCAUGUGGUUAGUGGCCACUGAAGACAGGUUAAAAUAGAAAAUGUGACUGAGCCCUUCUUUCCACUUGAAUAAGCUGCCAGAAUCUACAACUAUGUUCUGUUUUAUGCAGGGAGACUGGGUAAAAAAACCCACUCCUUUAAAUAUUAGUUAAAAUAAAAUUGGGUUGAAUUCAGCCAAACUCUGGAUAAAUUCAUUACACCUCCGGCUGGGAGAGCAGAUGCCAGGGAAAGGCCUUGUUCAAUGACCCUGAAGCUGCAGUGAGAGGGAUGCUAGCAGGACAUGUAGGCAUACCAAGCUAGUUCUAUUUAGCAAUGAGGCCACUAUGGCACGGGCUGUAUGAGCUCACUUGGGGCUGGGUACUUUAUCAGGUAGCUGAAGCCCAUGAUGCACUGGCUUCUGUGCUGCUGCUGCUCUAACUAUAUUCAGGUAGGCCCAAAUAGGACAUGCCAGUUGCAGUCUCUCUUCUGACCACAUUACAGACAGGAAAUACUCAUGAGAGUAGGGGCCCCUCAGUAAGCUUAGAAAGGUACGCCAGCGAACAAAGGUAUUAGCAAACCCUUUCUCAAAAAGAGCAGUUCAUGUUCAUCUUGUCUUGCUUUCUUUUCUUCCAGAUGUGUCCCAAAUCACUUCAGAAAAUCUCUGAGUAGGUUUGCAUAGGCUCGUUCACCUUUUGUUCUACUGAUUUGCUGCUAUGGUUAUUUUAAGAGGUGCAUUUCAGAAGGUUUUCUUUAGAAGAGAUGAAAGCACAUACCACAUCCCUGUCAAUGAGAGACAUUCUGUUAGGUACAGUUGAUUCAGCUGCUGAACAUCUGAAACUUCCAUUAAUGCUAGAUAUUUGCAUGUGCAAACUAAGAAUUGAAGAUGUUGGAUAUUAAUCUGCAUGUUUCAGGGCUUAUGCUGGCUUCUGACUGUUGGGGAUCAGGAAGAAAAUUCUUCUAUGAGCAGGUUAUCCGAUAGCAACCUGCUGCAGGGUUUCUUAUACUUUCCUCUUACGCAUCUGGUACUGACAGUUGUUGGAUUCUGGACUAGUUGGACUUUGGGUUCAGUCCAGUCUGGUCUGGCAAUGUGUAAAUGACUAUAUUACCUCGUAGUCGCCUUAGGAACAAAACUGUCUUUCAGUGAUUACCACUGUGAAAUCAAGAUUGAUAUUCAAAAGUUACAUAAAAUAACCUUCUUUCUAUUAGACCAACUUCCUGCCUACUUCUCCCAACAAAGAUGCCAUGUCCAGGAGAAAUAUUGGCCGUUCGGGUGCUGGGGAAUGAACAGAGCCUGUUUGUGAGGUUUUAUUUUUUGGAACAAAUGUUAGAGCCACAGGCAGAUUAGCAUUUUGGUCCCUUUGUUUCUGUGGGCUCUCUACCCGUCACUGCAUACAAAUACGUCUCUGUGGACAGCCCGGUGAUUCUAGCAGCUUUGUGGCUCUGCUGUUUAUUUGCCAUAACCAUUAUCUAGAUUCUUGAUGACUUCUUUUUUUUAACCAUGCUGAUGCACUUUUUUAUCUUAGGAUAGAUAUGUGAUUAUUUAACGCUUGCCAAAAUAUUUAGGAGACAAUAAUUAUAAACUGGAUUACGGCAGUCUUUUAAAUUCCUUUUGUUAAAUGCAUCUCUAUAGUGCUCCUCCUGAAAAGAAUAAUUUGUAUAUAGUGUAACUUAAAAACUAAAGUGACUUGAAUUUUGAUUGUUUUGAUCUUAUUUUUGUUUUUUAUAUAUAUUAUGGUUUUAUUGGCUGUUCUUCUGCCUAACAGAAUUUUUGUUUUGAUAAUCAUUGAACAAGACAUGACCCUGUUACAUUGAUAAAACUUUUUGUUUCCCAGCUGUCUGCCUCUGCCAGAACUUUAAUAGAACUUCCAUUCUUCGUUAAAAGUUUGUAAAAUAUGGCCAGUGUGAUUUGUUCCUCACCUAUUCUUAUUCUUUAAAGAAAGCACAUCUGUUGGGUCUCUUCUCAUAGCUAGCUGUAUUCCCAACUCUUCCUCUAAUAAACAUUAUAUUUUCUCAUU